GACGCACUUGCCAUAGCAACCUGCCAAUGCAGUGCGGAAGGUCCGAUAGAAGAACCCCAUAAAAUAAAAGUAAAAUGGCGCUGCCAUUGCUGCCAGGAUACUCAUUUAACAAAAACCUUGGCAAGGACAAAUUUCACAAGUCCCAGCAUUUUGACUACUCAAAUGGAGUUCGCAUGUUGGUCGGAAUCGAGAAGCCAGGGAUUGGUGGCGAACCGCUCCUUGGUCAGAAACUGCAGCCCAAGUACUCGGUAUUUCCCAAGGGUGAAAACACACUAGCCCCUUCUUGGGUUGCCUUUGACAAGCAGGUGCUGUGUUUCGAUGCAUACUUCCAAGAACCUGUGCCUCAGAGCAAAGAAGAAAAGUUCCGGGUGAGGAAGUGUAAAAUCUUCUUCUACCUGGAGGAUGACACCAUUCAAGUGGUGGAGCCUGAAGUCAAAAACAGCGGGAUCCCUCAGGGAACCCUGAUCCGACGCCAUCGCAUCUCACUUCCACCCCCAGAUGAUGACCAGUUCUACAACGUGCACCAUUUCAACAUCAACCAGGAGAUGGAGCUAUACUCCAGGACCUUCAAGAUCACAGACUGUGACCCCUUCACGAGGAACUUCCUAAAGAAUCUGGGGGUGCGCCUCAACGUGAAUGACAGCACCCCUGAGGACCCCUACAGCAACCUACGCCAGCAGAUGGAGGAUAGCAUGAAGCCCCUGCGUCCGUACGAGCGGCAGGACACGCUGAAGCAGUUCCUGGACCACGACCGCAACGUGCUGCGCUUCUUCUGCCACUGGGACGACUCCGAGACCAUGUUUGGAGACCCGCGCCAGCUCAUCCUCCACUACUUCCUGGCCGACGACACCAUUGAGAUCCGCGAGGUCAUCUUCCCCAACUCGGGCCGCGACGCCACCCCUAAGUUCCUGCACCGCAGCAGGCUGCCCAAGCACGCUCCUAUUCCCGUACGUCAGCCUGGAGAGAAAACAGACCGCACCGUCCUCAAUGUGUUCGGACCGAUGGGACACGGCGGCCGCUUUAUUUUGGAUAGCCUCAAAACUGGAGCCGUAGAGGACAACUUCUAUAAGGACUGUGACCUGACCAUUGGCAGUGUCAUCAAUGUCUGGGGCCGGAACGUGACGCUCUGCGACUGUGACAACUUCACCAAGGAGUUUUACCGCACCAAGUACGGCAUAGAGGACUUCACCCCCGUGCAGUACAAAGCGGCCCCGGUCCCCAAGCCGCCCAGGCCGGUGCCCCCGUACAAUGGCUUCGGAUCAGAGGAGGACUCCCUGUGCUCCUGCCAGGGCCUGUUGCCCAAGCCCCCGCAGAAGGACUUCAAGAAGCUGAUGGAGAAGGACAGGCAGGGCCUGGAGAGCAAUGUGCUGAGGUUUGUGGCCAAGAUGGAGACGGAGAACCCGGUGGACAUGGAGCGCGUCUUUAUUCUCUCCUUCUACCUGAGCGACGACACCAUAGCGGUCUUCGAGCCCACCCAGAGGAACACAGGUGUGCUGGGUGGUAAGUUCCUGGAAAGGGGCCGGGUGAAGAAGCCGGGCCAGGAGCUGUUUAAGAGCAGCGUGUCGGAGUACUUCACGGCCCAGGACCUGUACGUGGGGGCCCGGCUGCUCCUCAACAACCAGCCCUUCCAGCUGGUGGACGCCGACGAGUACGCUCUCAGCUACAUGGAGCAGCAUGCAGAGGAGUUCCCCAGGGCCAACCUUGGCACCAUCCUGAGCAAGAUUAAAUCCAUCAACAAGGAGAAGAGGGAGCAGCUUAUCACUGUGACCGAGGCCGCAGACACUGGCGUCAUCCAAUACGAACAUUUCAGGUCCCUGCUGGUGGCGAUGGAGUGUGGCUUGUCGGAGCAUGAGAUCAUGACACUGGGCCGCAGUUACUCGGAGCGGAAGCAGCCGGAGCCCGACCUGGGGAUGAUGCUGGCCGUGGCCCAGGACCACCUCAGGAAGAAGCACUUCGAGGCCUUUGCAGACAUGGUCAGGGCCUUUGUACACGAGGACCGCAACAGCUCUGGUCUUCUGCCUAGCCAAGAUGCCCGCACCAUCUGCAUGGCCUUCCAGCUUCCCCUGAAUGACGACCUUCUCCGCGCCCUCCUCGCCAGGUAUGAGAAGGAGUCGGGGGAGAUUGACUACAACGCCUUUCUGUCUGGCAUCAACUGGAGGGAGAACCCAACCCCACCUGUCUUACCUGAGGACGUGCUAAAGUUUGAUGUGAACCGGGAUGGAAGCCCCGUGGGUGUGGCUUCGAGCACUGUCAACUACAGCCUGAUGCUAGAGGACAUCUUUGGCCCACUAGGGACCACAGGACAAGGCAGCUGAAGAGGGGGAAAAGAGAGGGAGAGGGAUGAAUGGAGGGUUGGAGAAGGAGAAGGAGAAGACUG